GGGAAUGCACUUUGCCACCUUCCGUUCAACUAGCUAGCCUGCAGUCCAAGUCCUUCGCUCAAUGUUGUGGAAAGUCUGUAUCAGCUGAUAGACCUUCCUUCUUCCUUUUCCGGCUGCAAAUAAGCGAACAAGAUGGCUUUCGCUUCCCGAGCCAAGAUCAUUAAGCGUAACAAUGACGAACCCGACGAGUUCGAGAAGUCCAUCUCUCAGGCCUUGCUGGAUCUGGAGAUUAACUCGGAUUUGAAGGCUCAACUCCGCGAGUUGCACAUCACGGCAGCCAAGGAGGUGGAAGUGGGCGGCAAGAAGGCCAUUGUCAUCUUUGUGCCCGUGCCCCAAUUGAAGGCCUUCCAGAAGGUGCAAUCGCGUCUGGUGCGCGAGUUGGAGAAGAAGUUCUCCGGACGGCAUGUGGUGCUCAUCGCUCAGCGCCGCAUCCUGCCCAAACCCACGCGUAAGGCCAACAAGCUGAAGCAGAAGCGACCCCGCAGCCGCACGCUCAUGGCCGUGCACAGCGCCAUCUUGGACGACUUGGUCUACCCAGCCGAGAUCGUGGGCAAGCGGAUCCGCAUCCGUCUCGACGGCUCUCGUCUGUUCAAGGUCCACUUGGAUAAGACCCAACAGACCAACAUCGAACAUAAGACCGACACCUUUGCUGCCGUGUACAAGAAGUUGACCGGAAAGGAAGUCACCUUCGAAUUCCCCGAGCCCUACCUGUAAACUACGACUGUUAUGUGAAGGAGCGAAAUAUACAUCCGUUACACGGGGAAUAUAAGUGCCUCCGAUCUUAUA